AUGAUUAAAAAUUGCAAUAACGAUAAUAGUAAAUAUAGUCUACGAACUAGAAAUUUGGAUCAAAUUCGCCCAUACACCAUAGAACGUAGAAAAGCUGCAGCACAGGGAAUCCCUGUUUACGUUGACGAAAUAGCUAGAAAAAUACAAAACAAAGAUUGCUAUGUAUUAGAAGAUAUAGACCGUGAAUUUGUAGUGGAAGACAAAAAAAAGUUGGAUGAUGCUGAUGAAUCGUCAAAAUUUGAUAUAUCUUUAGAUGAA